AGAUAAGAUGUCGUUAUAUACGGUCACUUUUGCUGCGUUUUUAAUUAUGGUAAAAUUUUCUUCAUUUUUUAAAUUCAAUUCAAGUUGUAAAGUAAUUUUAUUUCUUAGGUUUCAUUGUUCUCUCAAAAUGGUUUAAUGGAAGACUCUGGGCACAUGAAGAAGAACUGCGCAGCAAAGUGUAAAGGAAACGACUGCCAUUCUUAUUGUUACGGCAGCAUGUCGACUGCAAUGGCAGUUGGAUUCAAUUCCACAGCGAAGGUGAAAGGCGACCUUUCUUCAGUUGAGUGUUUUGGUCCAUUCUGCAAAUCGUCGUGUGAUGGAGUACUAAACAUAUGUAUGUCAAAGUGCAACGGUCGCGCGUGUCAAUCUAAGUGCAACGCUGGUGCGUGUCUUACAUUGAGCGAAGGUGCAUCCGCCAUAUCAAACUGUCAUGGUCAUAAAUGCAGGUCGAAUUGUACAGGCGACUUUUGCGAAGCAAUAUGCUCGGGAACAUCUUGCUUAGCUGAGUGUCAUUCUAAGAGAUGUACCGCAUGGUGUUCUGGAAUUGCUUGCGAAGCUGUUUGUAAAGGACGGCGCUGUCGUAUAAGAGAGAGCCAAGCGGCAAAAGUAAAAGCUAAAUCCGCGGCAGAUGUGGCAGACCAACAACAGUUUCAGCGCAUUUCAAAACGUACCAAAUUUUAAAAUCAUUAUUAAAAUAUAUCCUUUUAA